AUGGCUGGAGGAAGUUUAUCACCGGCGUCAUCUUUGGAAGAUGUAAAGGCAUACGUCAAUGCUGUGGAGGUCGCAUUGCAGGAAAUGGAACCUGCAAGAUUUGGAAUGUUUGUAAGACUCUUUCGUGGUUUUACAGCUCCUAGGAUCGGUAUGCCUACUUUCAGUGCACGCAUGCAGGACCUCUUGAAAGAUCACCCGAGUCUGUGUCUUGGUUUAAAUGUCUUACUUCCACCUGAGUAUCAGUUAACCAUACCUCCCGAGGCUAGCGAAGAGUUUCAUAAGGUGGUUGGAAGAAGCGUACCAGUACCACCAAAGGUGGUUGGAAGAAGUCUACCACGUCCGGAGCCUACCAUAGAUGAUGCGACUUCAUACCUUAUUGCUGUGAAGGAAGCCUUUCAUGAUGAACCUGCAAAAUAUGGGGAAAUGCUUAAGCUCUUGAAAGAUUUUAAAGCUCGCAGAGUCGAUGCCGCUUGUGUCAUUGCUAGGGUGGAGGAACUCAUGAAAGAUCACUUGAAUCUGCUUUUUGGUUUCUGUGUCUUCCUUUCAGCUACAACGAGUUUUACCACGAAGCUUAAGGCAAGGUUUCAGGGCGAUGGUAGUCAAGUAGUUGACUCAGUUCUUCAGAUAAUGAGAAUGUACGGUGAGGGAAACAAGUCCAAACAUGAUGCGUAUCAGGAGGUCGUUGCACUUGUUCAGGGUCAUGACGAUUUAGUCAUGGAGCUUUCACAAAUUUUGACUGAUCCACCUACUGGAGUCUAGAGAUAGCCAGAUAGCUAAGGAGAGUACUGGAAGACUGUAAUAUACCAUAAGAGACGAAAAAGAAAGUAGAGCUUCUCACGAAAAGAGAGUGUUUUUAGUUUUCUUUUGCAAACAUUAGAGUUUUGUUUGAUUAACAUGACAUUCAAA